AUGCUCCUCCGCAAGACGUUUGGGGAUGCAGCAUUUGAAGCCGCCGUCGACGCGCAGCUCAGUGGGAUCACACGCGCCGAUGUGCUCAAGGUCUCGACGGCCGUCGCACGAAGCUCGAGCAUUGUACGACCGCACCCGGGACAGAAAAAGGGCGGUAAACUCAGCAGUCGGUCGGGCCCGAGUCUAAAGGAGCGGCUGCUCCUGCAGCAACAACAAAAUCAGGCAGCAAAAACAGCGCCAGCGUUGCUUUAA